UCUCAGCUUCUCAGGACCUCCCUGCCUGGACGCUGCUAAGUGAGCUCUUAUAUCUGCACUUGCAUUGAACAGCAGCUCUGAGCUCAGCUGUGAACUGUGGAGCUGAAUCUGGAAGCCCUAGCUUGGAUUACUGACUUACUGGAGGCAGGGGAGCUGCGGUUGUGGAUGGCUUACCUGGAUUGUUUAGAUGACAAGUUUGUGAGUCUGAUCGGUUUGUUUGGGCUUUUGGAUGGAAAGGAUCUGAGAUGUUUGUCUAGAAUGGACGCUGCGACACCAGGAAAAGAGAUUGUACUCAGUUUCUAGAAGGUUUUUAUCAGAUGUAGUUCUUUUGGACUACUGCUGUGGUUUAGGUCCAUAAUGGGGUAAUUUAUUCAGGAUUGCAUUGAUGUUUUGUAUUUUUGCUUUCCAAAGAACUCCCUUUGGGUAAUGAGAAUAAUACUAUGAAAAUGGAUGCUGACUCUCCGUUGGACCUCUUCUCUUUUUCAUAAUAGUGUAAUGCUUCCUGAAAAUGGAGUUUGAUUUAGUAAACAAUGACUUAAGAAGUGGUGGUAUCUGUUUAGGUUAGAAGGCUGGGCAAGAACUUAUGCAGAAGUUAGUCAGAAAAGUGAUUCGGAAACGCCUCCCUAAAUGCUCUUUGAUAGAUGGCUUGUCACAUAGACUCCAUUUUCCCUGGUGAGGGUUAAACACCGGGAGGUUUUCCAUAUAUGUCGGUUUGCAAAUAUUUUCCACGUCAGCAUCAGUGUGGAUAUUAGACCAGCCUUCGUUUGGCUUUUCCUGCCUUGUUCUCAUGAUAUAUGUGUGUCAGGCUUGGGCAAAAACCUCUAACCUCUGUUAAAAACACCUGUUUUGGACUGGUUUGGCUCAGCGUGACUCUGGCUGGUUCUGGUCUGUGUGGCGAAGCCAGGUCUUUGUGCCUAAGCUCGGCCCUUAGAAGGGGGUUCCAUCUGUACUCUAACCAUGGGCAUCCAGGGCAUGGAGCUCUUUGCUAUCGGCGUGGUUGUCAUCCUCUUCAUGGCAGUUCUCAAGCAGUUUGGCAUCCUGGAGCCCAUUUCCUCAUUUGAAGAUGACAGCAGCGACAGUGACCUGGAGCUGUCGACGGUGCGUCAUCAGCCUGAGGGGCUGGACCAGCUGCAGGCCCAGACCAAGUUUACAAGGAAGGAGCUUCAGUCUCUCUAUCGAGGCUUUAAAAACGAGUGUCCCAGUGGGAUGGUUGAUGAGGAGACGUUCAAGUCCAUCUAUUCUCAGUUCUUUCCCCAAGGAGAUGCAUCCACCUACGCUCACUUCCUCUUCAACGCAUUUGACAUCGACAGAAACGGUUCGAUCCGCUUUGAGGACUUUGUCAUUGGCCUGUCAGUCCUGCUCAGAGGUUCAGUCACAGAAAAGCUCAACUGGGCCUUCAACCUUUACGACAUCAAUAAGGACGGUUACAUCACCAAAGAGGAGAUGCUUGCAAUCAUGAAGUCCAUUUAUGACAUGAUGGGGAGGUACACGUACCCCUGUGUACGGGAUGAUGCACCAUCAGAACAUGUUGACAAGUUCUUCCAGAAAAUGGACAAAAACAGAGAUGGAGUGGUGACUAUUGAGGAAUUCAUCGAGACUUGUCAGAAGGACGAGAACAUCAUGAACUCAAUGCAGCUGUUUGAAAACGUGAUAUAAAACAGAGCCGGAUUCUCUCAGUAGUUUUUCCUCGGUUAGCACGUCUAAUUACUCAGCCACCUCACCCAUACCGCAGGCUCUGCACACUUAGAACCACAACUGAAUUACAACAUAGGCAUUGUAAAAACACAGGAAACACUUUUUUCUGCACUCCUUCAGCUGCAUCAGGAAACUGUCCCUGGAUAUUAAAGGACUGCUGCAGAGACGCGAUCAGCUCGCUGGGUGACACUUUCAUCCACAACAGAAGAGUUCCUUGUGUUUCUGUCUUCAGAAAAAAGGAUUACUACCUAAAAUAAAGUAAAAAAAUGAGACACGAACCGACACAAGUCUUAAUGGAAGCAGCUUUACCAUCAACGUACGCGCUCCUUUAGAGACAGAACCCUGGCUUGCUACUCAAGGUAGCGAGCCAAGUUUCAGGACAAAGACAUUUUUUUUUUUUUAUCACACCAAACAAUGAGAACUAAUGCAUGUUUGAAAUAUGUGACGUUGGAUUAGCUUGCACUACAAUUUUCUGAUCAUGUAUAAAGGCCCUGUAGAUACCCACACCUUACUCACCACUGGUGGAAACCAGUGUGUUUGUAUAUAUGUAUAGUUAAUAGUUACAUAUCCUGCAUUGAGUUGGUAUCAUCUGUGCUGUGCUGGAUGAUGAAGCAACAACAGAACCUGAACAUUUGUUGAAGGCGUUCCUGUCUUAUUUUGUUCCUCUUAAUGUUUAGCAUAUUGAAUUAUUUUAAAUGUUUAUAUAUUUCAGUGAUAUCAAAAAUUAUGUUAACAGUUUGGUAGGAAAAGGUGAUUCCUAGAGUACUGUGGACAAAUAACUGACUGUUUUUAUGCUGAAUUAAGUCUGUAGCAUGAUGGUUCGGUGUACACGAGCAUGCUGACUCAGUCGCACAGUAAAAUGUAUGGCGUAGUUGGACCUUUGUGAAGUCACUCUAUUAAAGAUCCGUAAGUUUCGCCAAUUUCACUGAGUUUCAAAUUCUGUUUCUGUGAGAAAAUGUUUCAAUCAAACAAAUAUUGAUGAUGGUCUUUUAAGCAAUACUUCAGUCAGGUGAGGGGGAUCCAACAUGACUCACUUGGACCUGCAGUUCUUCUCUUUAUGGUUUUUAACUCAAACAUUUUAUUUUUUAAGUUUUUAUAAGUGAAAUAGGUCUUACUUUGCACUCACAAAAGCGUUCCCACCUUUUGUGCAUACAAUAAAAACUAUAAACCUUU